UCGCGAUCGACGUAUUAAAGCGUCCAUCGAAACGUCAAUCGUGACGUUAAAAUGUUAGGUUAGACGAAUUAUUUCCGAUUUAUUUCGCAUUUCGUGCUUUGUGCAGAUCUAGGUAAUAAAAUGUUAACUUUGGAAUUCUCUGAGCCCUUCGUAGCACUGGCAAAAUCCACAAGGAAAAGUGUCCACAACUGUAAACUGUGCCCAUACUUCACUCCGUCGCUUUUUCAUAUGGUCAACCACGUCAAGCGACACCGAUCUCCAGACAAAUUUACUUGUUCGGACGCCAAAAUCGAAAAUUAUUACUGCAAACACUGCAACUUCAAAACCGAACUGACAAUCCAGUUCAAAAAACACAUCAACAAACACCACGCUUUCAAGAGAGAGUUUGGAGACGAUUUAUCGAGUGACUUCAGCAUCCAAAAUUACGUCUGCGAAAAGUGCAAUUUUGAUACGAAAUUUUCGUUAAAAUGGCUCCGACAUAUGUCAACGUGCAAGCAAACUAAAUCGGACCAAAUACGUUGGUUUUACUGUGUCGAAUGUCCGUACAAAACCAAGAAAAAAAAUAGUUUAAAUAGGCACGUAAUUUCCGUGCAUUCGAACGACGAAGACAUUAAGUGGUACGAAUGUGCGAGCUGUUCCUAUAAAUGUAAAAGAAAAGACGGACUAAGAGAGCAUAUCACCCUCCUGCAUUUAGAAACCAAGUCGUUUCAGUGCGAAUCGUGCCCGUAUAAAGCUAAAUUAAAAAAAUAUCUAAAAAGUCACGUAGACCGUUGCCAUUCCGAAACAAAGCUUCACAAAUGGUACGAAUGCAACCACUGUCUUUUUAAAAGUAGGUACGAACAAUCGGUACGCAGACACGCGAAUGCACAACACUUAAACAAAAAAACAAAGAAAAAGAUUAGGUGGUACGACUGUAAAAAUUGCCCCUUUAAAACUCAAAAUGAAUCGACUUUGAGGCAUCACGUGAUUUCGCAACAUGUGGAUGAGGAGAAAGCUAGGUGGUACGAAUGUGCGAGCUGCUCGUAUAAAAGUACGAGGAAGUACCACUUGAAAAGACACGUUUUAACGCAUUCGAAUAGUUCUCGAAAGACGCAGCAUUCAGACGACAAAGUUCACUGGUACGAAUGCGACCAGUGUCCGUAUAAAAGUAAACGUAAACGAGCUGUGAGGUACCACGCAAAUCGGAUGCAUUCGAUAGAACGAGAACUAAGUCCUGAGUGGUAUAAUUGUGAUAAGUGUGUAUUUAAAACCAAAGUAAAGCGGCGUUUAAAAAGCCACAUACGGUUGUUUCACUUGAAUAGUGAUAACUGUAUUUAAUGUGAACUGUUUUAUACAAUUAUAAAUACAACUUUCGAAUUCUCA